AUUGGGGGGGGGGGGAGUGUGAAGGGUUGAAAAAUAAAUAAAAGUCAUCAUCCUUUCUGUUGCGUGUUAUAAUUGCAUGAAUUUAGCUUUUCUGUAAAAUGAUGCUCGAUAAAAUUUUCUAAAACGGUGUAACUAAAAUCUGUCAGGGUAUUUUUUUUGGUUAAAAACGCCCAAAAAGAGAGGACAAGAAGAAGAAAAAAAAACCCAGAAAACAGCUCAAACUUAGAGGUAGAAUGAGGGGAUUGUCUUGUUUUUGUUUUGUUUUUUUAUGUUUGAUUAUUCUUUUCCUCGUAUAAUGUCUCCAAAUCUCCUGAUUUCUUCCAUUCUUCACUUCCAGGGGGGCUUUAACAGACUUAUCGGCAUACUACUAGAAAUCUUUCUUGUUGAUUAUCUUCUGCCUUGUACAUAGGAAGCUAGAUGGGUUCCAGAUUCCCAUCACAUAAGCUCAGCAAUGGGCUUUAAUGUCAGGCAAGCCAGAGCAGCCUAAAGAAAGUACUCCAACCGUGAGCUCAGUGGCCAUGCCCUAUACUGGUGGAGAUAUUAAGAAGUCAGGAGAACUGGGGAAAAUGUUUGAUAUCCCUACAGAUGGUUCUAAGUCCAGGAAAUCUGGACCUAUAAAUAACGCUCCUUCAAGGACUGGAUCUUUUGGAGGUGCUGCUUCACAACCAAUCAUUUCGAAUGCAGCACCUCGGGCUGGCUAUACCACAUCAGGUCCUAUUGCUACUGGAGGCUUUUCUGGUUCAGCUUCAUUGAAGAAGUCAAACUCUGGACCACUAAAUAGACAUGGGGAUUACGUCAAAAUUCUGGUCCUCUUCCUCCUGUUAUCCCUACAACUGGUCUUAUUACAUCUGGGCCCAUCUCUUCAGGGCCACUAAAUUCCUCUGGUGCUCCUUGGAAAGUGUCUGGUUCUUUGGAUUCUAUGGGAUCAAUGAAAGUGAAAGGUUCUGCUGUUCAUAAUCAGGCUGUGAAUAUUCUUGGCCAGAGAUGAUUUUUCUUUCAAGAAAAACUUCCCGAAACUAAUUAUAUGCACUGAUACUGCUCUUUGUAAUGGGUUUCAUUGCUGGUGGU